UGUCAGCCAAAGAUGGCUGCGCUCAGGCAAGUAGAGCUGUAGUGACCUCCGGGGUGGCUGCGGAAGACCUGAGGAGGCACCCACAGGCUAGUGGGAGGAGAGCAUAAGGCUCAAAAUGGAAAAUUAUGAAUCCAAUAACCAGGAAAACAUUUUUGAAAUCAUAAACAGAAAAAUUAACCAGCUUCCAGAAGCAGAAAGGAAUCUACUUGAAAAUGGAUCAGUUUACGUUGGAUUAAAUGCUGCUCUCUGUGGCCUCAUAGGAAACAGUCUUUUUCGACGCGUCUUGAAUGUGACAAAGGCUCGUAUAGCUUCUACCUUACCAAUGGCAGUGAUCCCUUUCUUUACAACAAAAAUAACUUACAGAGGUUUUGUAGAUAUUCCUUUGAUAACAGGUGAUAUGAAUUGCGAAACCUGUACCGCAACACGUAGUGGACUGGUUGGUCUUCUUGCUGGUGGUCUAUACCCUAUUUUCUUAGCUUUACCUGUAAAUGGUAGCCUAGCAGCCAGGUAUGAAACAGCUCUGUUACAAGGGAACAUCUUAAGUUACUGGCUUAGAGUUUCUAAGCCUGUCUUUAGGAAGAUGUUAUUUCCUAUUCUGCUGCAGACUGUGUUUUCAGCAUACCUUGGGUCUAAACAAUAUCAACUACUUAUAAAGGCCCUUCACUUACCUGAACCUGGCCAAGAAAAUCACUGAUUUUAAACAAAUAUGUACACAAAAAUAAAAUAGUAAAAA